AUGGCUAGAUUUGAAUCUUUUGUUCUCGGCCCCGGCGAGAAGAAGGUCGAGAUGGAGCCCGAUACCCGUCUCCCUUCCACCGCGAUCUUCACCUUCAACAAGGAGGAUCACACUCUUGGAAAUCUGAUUCGCUCCCAGCUUCUUAAGAGCCAACAUGUCCAAUUUGCCGGAUACAAGGUUCCACAUCCACUUGUGCACAAGUUCAUGCUUCGCGUUCAGACCGAUGGCACCAUCACUCCAAAAGAUGCCGUUCUCACUGCCUGCCAUGAGCUUGUCAAGGACCUCGGUACCCUCAGCCGCGAGUUUACAAAGGAAUUCGAACUACGGAAGAUGGCCAGCACCGCGCCCCAGCAGCAGAAUGCCCAGAAUGGAGUUUGA